CAAGCAUCAAAGGAUCUGUUUUCUUCAAAGUUUUACUCUGAAAAAUACCCAAGAAAUUCCGGCUCCUUUGUAGGUCUCUGGUCCUCCUCCAAGGCCUUGACGUUUCGCCAGCCCUGGCGGACAAAGGAGGAAUGGCCAGGGGCCCUGACCGUAUGCCACAAUGGGCACCCCUGAUAGUGCUGGCCACCAUGGGCACAGCUGUGACAGCGGCCACCAACCCUGGCUUCCUGACCAGGAUCUCCCAGAAGGGCCUGGACUACGCCUGCCAGAAGGGAGUAGCCAUGCUACAGAAGGAGCUGGAGAAGAUCAACAUCCCUGACUUCUCUGGAAGCUUUAAGGUCCAGCACCUUGGGAAAGGGUAUUAUAGCUUCUACAGCAUGACCAUCCUCGGAUUCCAGCUGCCCAGUCCCCAGAUAAAACUGGAGCCCCAGGUGGGCCUCAGACUCUCCAUCAGCAAAGCCAAUGUCAAGAUCAGUGGGAAAUGGAAAGCAAAAAAGAAUUUCCUCAUAGCCGGCGGCAGGUUUGACCUGAGCAUACAAGGCACCUCCAUUUUGGCUUUUCUGAAGCUGGGCAGCGACCCCACCUCAGGCCACAUCACGGUCACCUGCUCCAGCUGCAGCAACGACAUCAGCGACGUCCACCUGCACAUCUCGGGCAGCAGACUGGGGUGGCUGAUCCAACUCUUCCACAAGAAAAUCGAGUUGUCUCUUCGAAACACCUUGAACAGCAAGAUCUGCAAGGUUGUGACCAACUCUGUGUCCACCAAGCUGCAACCUUAUGUCCAGAAUUUUCCAGUGACAACCCAAAUAGAUGCUGUGGCUGGGAUCGACUAUCGUCUGGUGGCGCCUCCGAUAACCACAGCUGAGAACCUGGACGGGCAGCUGAAGGGAGAGUUUUUCAGUCCGGCACACCGCAGCCCACCUCCCUUUGCCCCGCCAGCGAUGGCAUUUCCCCCGGACCACGACCGCAUGAUAUACCUGGGCAUCUCUGACUACUUCUUCAACACCGCUGGGCUUGUGUACCAGGAGGCUGGAGCCCUGAAACUCACCCUCCAGAACCACAUGAUGCCCAACGGAUCCAAAUUCCAACUGACAACCAAGUCCCUUGGAAACUUCCUUCCUCAGGUGGCCACGAUGUUCCCCAACAUGAAGGUGCAGCUCCAAGUCUCCGUCUCCUCCCCGCCACACCUGACCACGCAGCCCACCGGCCUUGCCCUCACCCCGCAGCUGGAGGUCCAGGCCUUUGCGAUCCUCCCCAACUCCUCCCGGGCCCCCCUCUUCCUGCUCAGUAUGACGGCGGAUGCUGUCGUGGAGGUCGGCGCCAAGUCCAACAGGCUCGUUGGCGAGCUGCAGGUGGACCGGCUGAUCCUGGAACUGAAGCACUCAGACGUUGGCCCCUUCCCGGUGGAGUUGCUGCAGGCUGUCAUGGACUACAUUGUGCCGACCGUGCUGCUGCCCAAGGUCAAUGAGAAGCUGCAGAGAGCCUUCCCUCUGCCCAUGCCCGCCCGGGUCCGGCUCCACAACCUGCUGCUUCAGUCCCACCAGGCCCCUUCAGCCCAGCACAUCCCAAUGAAGCCGUUAUCUCCACAACAAAGUCAUCACCCAGGGUCACGAUCCUGACAACUUGUGGCCCUCCGGAAGCCCCCAUCUCCCCGCCUCCUCACUCUCCCUAACCCCCUUGUCCAGUCAGUCAACCCCCAAUAUUUUAGAGCAAGGAGCUGAUGGGCUUUUAGAGACAGGAAAAAUAAUGGAGAGAGCGGAGGAGGAGGAGGCAGCCGCCACAUUGCCCACGUUUUACCAAGUUCAUCAUUAAAAAAAAAAAAGAGACCCCUUGGCGCAAUUUAAUUUCUUCACUUCUGAAAGUUCUGAGUGAAGGGCACAAAGGAGCAGAGAGAAGUGGUUUUGCAGCCUUGAUUGGAACAGGGACUCCCUGGAGCCGCCACGAGGCAGGGAUGACAAAUGAAGGCUCCCAGACAGCCCAGGGGUCUCUGCCAGAGAAGGAGACAGCUGCCAGGGAGGCAGCGGCGGAUCCCGGGGUUGGCAGCUGCUGACGUGUGGACCCCAGUGCAGACCCCGGCGCCCCUGCUGGCUCCCGCAUUCUGACAGCAGACAGGCCCCACUUGGCUCUCUCCCGCCCAACAGACAGGCUCCCAAAGUCUCCCUCUUAAAAACCCAGUCGCCCCCAAACUCACCCAGGUGCUGACGACACUCCAUCUC